AUGUUCUCUUUACGGACGGCCGUUGCAUCACUAUCACUGCGGUCCGUCGCCCCGAUUGCGAGGGUUGCGUUCGCGACGCCAUGCAAGUUUGUGAGCCCGGUUGUUGUGCAGGCGAGGGGUGCGGCACGAUCGAGCUUGCUGGGGGAUUUGAGCAAUGUGCCUUCGUCCUACAAUAAGAAAAUCCGUCGCGGUCGUGGUCCAGGAUCGGGAAAGGGUAAGACCUCAGGUCGUGGUACCAAAGGUCAAAAAGCCCGUUCCGGAAAGGGUAUUCGUGUAGGCUUCGAAGGAGGCCAAACCCCAAUCACGCGUCUUUUCCCCAAAGUCGGUUUCCAUAAUGUCAACACUCUCGACUUGGCACCAUUGAAUUUGAACAGACUGCAGGCGUGGAUUCAGAAUGGACGUAUUGAUGGUACGCAGCCGAUUACGAUGAAAGAGUUGUUGGAUUCAAGAUGUGUUCACAAUGUUCCAGGCGGUGUGAAGUUGUUGGGUGACGGUGCCGAGAAAUUCACCAUCCCCAUCACAAUCUACGUCAGCCGCGCAUCCUACUCCGCAAUCGCUGCAAUCGAGCGCGCCGGCGGCAAGAUCUACACCGUUUACCACAACCGUCUCGGUCUCCGCUCCCUCCUCAAGCCCCACAAGUUCGCCGAGCGUGGUCUGCCAAAGCAGGCGCAGCCUACGAGGAGAGAAAUGAUUGAGUACUACAGGAAUCCUAAGUGGAGAGGAUUCCUCGCUAAUGAGGAGGAGGGAAUGAAAGAGUAUCAUGCUUUGUUGGCGUUGAAGGGUGUUGAGGGUAAGAUGCAGAAGGCGGUGGAGGCUUAG